UUCCUUAUUGGAGAUUCAAAUCCCAUCCUCCUUCCUCUUCACCUUUCUUUGCUUUGUCUUCUUCAUUUACAGACUUUCAACUUUAAAGAAAUCUCUCAAAGCCUUGCCCCCAGGACCAUGGAAACUACCUCCUUAUGGAAAUUGUUGCUGGCGAAACCAUAGCUUAUAAUAGUACAGACAUAGUCUUCUCUCCUUAUGGAAACUAUUGGAGGCAACUUCGAAAGAUUUGCACUUUAGAGCUUCUGUCUGUAAGGAGGGUUCGAGCUUUUAGAAGAAUCAGGGAAGAGGAGGUUUCUGCGUUCGUGAAGCAUAUUUCUGAAUAUGGAAUAGGUUCUGUUGUGAAUCUCACUAAGAAAAUCUACCCACUCACGAAUUCCAUAGUUGCUCGAGCAGCCUUUGGCCGGAAGACUAGGAAUGUAGAAGACAUUUUAUCGGCUAUGGCGUAUGUGGUGCAACAUGCGAUUGGCUUAUCGAUCUUUGAUCUCUAUCCUACGAUUGCGUUCCUUCGUGUGAUCAGUGGGAUGAAAGCUAAAGCUGAAAAAGUGUGUACAGAUGUUGACAGGAUGCUUAAUAGUAUCAUCAAUGACCACUUAGAAAAGAAAGUUGGCCCUAUGGAAGGAGCAGAAGAGGAUUUCGUUGAUGUUCUUCUCAGGAUUCAGAAAGAGAAUAAUGACCUAGAAAUCCCACUAACUCUCGACAAUAUCAAAGCUGUCAUCUUGGACAUGUUUAUUGGUGGGACAGAAACAGCAGAGAUGACUAUAGAGUGGGCAAUGGCUGAGAUGAUCAAAAACCCAAAAGUAAUGAAGAAGGCAUAAGAAGAAAGAAGGGUCUAUGGAAACAAAGGACGUGUUGAUGAAUCAGAACUUCAUCAAUUAAAUUAUGUAACUGCAGUGAUUAGAGAAACUUGAAGG